AUGUCAGCAUUCUUUCAAUCUCAGGAAUAUACUCCACUUGAAGAAGAAGAGAAUGUUACUAGUCUAGAACCUGUUCUUAAAUCACUUAAAAGCAAAGCAACUGGCCUCAACUACGCAGGUGUCCAUCAUGACCGAAGGUUUGUUAGAGUCUCUGAAAGAGCGUUCAUGUAUGGCAAUAGCGAGACUCUGUGGUUCGACGACAUGAUCGCGUUACGGCUGCCUGACCGUUGCCGCAUACAACCAACAACAAAGAAGAUGAAUGUCUCUAGGAAGCAGAUCCUCAAUAGCAGAACAGUCGAGAAGAAAGAAAAAGAUCAAAAGUGA